UGCGGAACGACGCACGCCAUUGGCUGAUCGCGACCGACAAGGCUGGGAAUUUCUCCACGGCACUCCUUUGUGCACACCGAAGUACGCGCGUCCUGAAAAAGAAUACAAAACUGCAGGUGGUUGGCGCUGUUUUUGGCUUCAGCUCGCGUUUCCUAGGAUGUUAUAAUGAGUUACAAUCUGCCGACACAAGACCCGUAUUUAAACGAUUUCUUUGUGAAGCGCGAAUACGGUGACUUCACCCCAUUUUACAUCACAAUCUGCAUCUGUCUGGUGGUGGUCGCCGCCCUGCUGUUGCUCAACUUUAUUUUCUGCUGCUGCUCUGAACACGCCGGCUACUGGUCCGACAUCAACACUGGCAAUCAGCUGUUGAUUCCGAUCUGGACACGCACCCCUCACAACCAGCUGCCCCUCGACAUUUCCGAACUUGAAGGCAAAGCACCACCUCCUCCACCGAUCCACUACCCUGAGAUCGACCCUACCCCCAUCCAGUACUCGACCGCGUCCACCUACCCUGCCAUCUCGGCCAGUUUCACCGAGUCAACUCGCACCUCAACCCCACCCCACUUGUACGGAAGUCGGGAGAAGAGGGAGAGUGACAUCUAAAAAAUGGGAAUGUACGUUUUUUGGCCACCUGUGGCCGCAGUGGCCAUGCUCGCCAUCAUUGUGGCCAUUUUGGUCCUCAAAUUCGGAGAGCGUUGGUGCAGGGCCAGGGUGACCGAGCCGGCUCCUCCGCCUCCACGCAGCGA